AUGGGAUUUGUCUUAGAAGCAUCAUAUUGUAAAUCGGGACUAAAUUCUUCAAGAAAAUGUGGAAGCUAUCAUGAAAAAGACAUUACAACUACUUCUCGAGAUACAGUAACAUGGUAUCCUUAUGUACAGUAUCUUGCAUUCAUCUCAAUUUUUCUCCGUAAUAGUGAAAUUUGUGGCAUCGCAAGACUCUUGCCUUAUGUGAAAAAGAGCACGGAAAACCUGAUAAGUCUUAAUAUAAAAACUCCUGAUAUUCUUGCUCAAAAUGCAAGAAUCGUGAGAAAUGUGUUUGAAAAUCACACUCUGAUUGGAAAUUUUAGAACGUUACUUACUGCAAUAGAUAUUACUAACAUUAAAAAACAAAUGCUACGUAAUAAAUGGAACAUUGAUAUUAAACAUGAUGCUGCAAAAAAUCUGAAUCAAAUUCUUGGACCAAAAGCCGAUCCAUCUGAACUAAAGGAUACAUGCUUGCAUUAUCAACUUCAUACAAAGGACAAUAACUGCCUUGAAAUUAUCAUUUGUACUUGUGAACAACAAGACUAUGUGUGGAAGUACGGUCAUCAAAAUCUAAUUCUCAUUGAUGGGACCUUUGGGAUCAGCAAGCACAAAUUACUUUUGUUCAUUAUUAUGAUCAUCGAUGACAAUAAUAAAGGUGUUCUAGUUUCUUUUAUUUUAUUUACACCACCUCGAUCCAAUCGGCUAACAUCUCCUGGAUAUGAUACCACCUCAGUUACAUUUAGCUCUUGUGCCGCAAUGACUGAUGCUGAUAUCAAAGAGCGAAAGCCACUAACAAAAAUUACAAAAAAAAAAGAAUCAUUAGAGUGUAUUUAUAAGGCAGAAAGCAUGUCAGAAAAUAAAAAAAUUCUAGAAGGUGAAGAUCUUUUGUCUAGUUGGUGCCUUAGUGGAUGGAUAAAUGUUGCAAAAGCCCUUGGAAUUCCUUUAGAGAAACUUUUCACUAUGAAUAACCACCUUGAGGGAAUGAACGAGUAUUUAAAGAAUAACCAAUUAAACUGGUUUCAAAGAAAUAAUCGACUCCUUAGAGCUGAUGUACUAUAUAUCGCACUUGUGUGUGAAGUUAUUCCUAAUAUCUUAACAUUGCGAAACCUUGCUAUAAAUAUUGAACGAGAAAAAGCAGAAUGA